CACGGCGUCUGAUGAAGCUGCAUGUGUAAAAGACAACGAAAACAAUGAAGAGUGUGACCAACCAAAAUCGGAGGAGGUAGAAGAAGAUGAAGAGGAAGUUGAUGAAGAUAGCGUAGAUGAUGUUUUUCGUAAGCCAGAAAUAAUGAAAAAGCGAUUCUCCGUUGAUUAUAAGAAAACCAGACUGGACUUUAAGCGAUUUUCUGUGGAUUGCAGUCGAAACGCUGCUACUUUACAGGAAUUAGCUAACCUUGAACAGGAAUUAGCCCGAACUAACGUCGAUAUUCGUCCCACAAGACGUAAAUCAACGGGAAUAUUGAAAUCUACGACAAGUAGUACAGAAAUUCCUGCAACAACAAAAGAUUCUUGCUCGGAUGAUGACGAUGUUUUCGAAAAGGACGCAUCCAUCAGUGACAUGGAAGGUCCUAGGGUACCACCCGCUACUCCUGUUGGCCGCGAUGAGCUUGCUCUACGUAGACACAGAUUCUUCUCAGAUCUUGUUUGUGCCGCUAGAGCUGCGGUAGAGCAUCGCGUAAGAUUUGAUCCUCUAGGACCAGUCGUAGCAGAUUCAGGAAGCGAAGUAGAAUCUACAGCGGCGGCAAACAAGCCAGCAGCUGAUCUCGAAGCGCUGAUCGAGCGUUUGGAGCGAGUGACGUGCCGGCUGGAACGCCUGCCGUACCUGCGCGGACGCACCCCCACCCCGCCCAACUCGCCGGCGCCUUCGCCCGUGUGCUUCGUUACACCGCCACAGGAGCUCGUACCGACAGACGAUAUGAGUGUCAACGGGUAUCAAGAUAUCAUUCAGGGUCCCCUGCGCACAUACCUGGAGCUGUCGAAACAGAUCGGUGGCGAUGUUGCUACACAGGCGAGCCUCGUCAACGAUGCCUUUCAGGCUCAGUAUAGCUACAUACAACUGGCCGCCGCCCGAAGCAAGCCAUCCCAACCCGAAGAGAUGCAACUACUAGCGCCCACUAGUGAAAAGAUCUCCGCCAUUCAGCAGUUCCGCGAAAAGAACAGGGCGUCUACGUAUUUCAAUCACCUGUCCGCGAUAUCUGAGAGUAUUCCUGCUUUGGGCUGGGUGGCAAUAGCCCCCACUCCGGCUCCUUAUGUAAAGGAGAUGAAUGACGCCGGCCAGUUCUAUACGAACAGAGUGCUGAAGGACUGGAAGGAGAAGGACAAGACACAUAUAGAAUGGUGCCGCACUUGGGUGCAGCUCUUGUCGGACUUGCAGGCGUACGUCAAACAGUAUCACACCACUGGUCUGGUUUGGUCUGGCAAGGGCGGCGCACCCCCCCCACCCCCGGCCGGCGGGAUGCCGCCGCCGCCGCCCGCGCUGCCCGACGUGGACUUCGCGAACCUGUCCGUGGACGACCGCAGCGCGCUCUUCGCGGAGAUCAACCAGGGCGAGGGCAUCACUAGCAACCUGCGCAAGGUGACGGCGGACAUGCAGACGCACAAGAACCCGCAGCUGCGGCAGAGCCCGGCGCCGUUCAAGGCGGCGGCGCAGCCCGCGCGCGCGCCCGCCCGCCCGCUGCCCGCGCCCGGCGCCGGCGCGCCCGACAAGCCGCCCGUCUUCGCGAGGGACGGCAAGAAGUGGCUGAUUGAAUACCAAAAGGGCAACUCAAAUCUCGUAGUCGAGAACGCAGAUAUGAACAACAUGGUAUACAUGUACAAAUGCCGCGACUCAGCGCUUACAGUUCGUGGGAAGGUGAACGGCGUAAUUCUGGACUCUUGCACCAAAUGUGCCGUAGUGUUCGACAACCUGGUGUCUAGCAUCGAAUUUGUGAACUGCCAGUCUGUACAGAUGCAGGUACUAGGCAAGGUGCCGACCAUAUCGAUCGACAAGACGGACGGCUGCCAGAUUUACCUCUCGCCGGAGUCGCUGGAGGUGGAAAUCGUCAGCUCCAAGUCGUCCGAGAUGAACGUGCUCGUGCCCAAGGGAAAUGGCGAUUAUACGGAGCACCCGAUCCCCGAGCAGUACAAGACGGUUCUGAACAAGCCGCCCUCAGGCCUCAUCACAACUCCGGUCGAAAACAAGGGUUAAAUUACCUGGAUAUAGAGCUAACGACGAUUGGUCUUGUAUGCAAACUAAUAGUAUUAUUUAAUUAGAAUUUUUUUUUAAUUGUAAUCGGUUGCCAAAUGACUUUUUUUAUGACAAGUUUGUGUUUUUACAUACUAAUGGUAUGUUAUUCUCGAUCAAACUAUGCUAUUAAAACGUUUUUUUUUUUUUCAAUUAUUAUGAUUUUUUCAAAGUUUGCGCAACACAUCGUCGUUACCUCUCCACACAACAGCUCUCAUCGGCUGCGGGAUGCAUACAUCUCAUUUUCUAUCUUUAUAGCUCUACUAACAAGCUCGGGACGAGAAUAUCGUUUAAAUUAGUCAUUAUAUGCAUAUUUUGCACGGUCUAGUUCAAUUAGUUCACCCGCGUCCCGAACUAGUUCAAUGCACAAACUUGGUACGUAAGGACGAUAGCUCCGGGGCGCCAUCUGCCCGCCAGCUAUGGAACUAACUCAUCGUUUCUUGCUCAUUUCGCUCGAUACUAGGUGUUAAGAUAUAAAUCUAAUAUGACGUAGAUAACUUCAAUAUUUACUGGCCUUCAUGUGUAAUGUUCCUUAUAUUGGUGUUUUGAUUUUUGACGUCGGAAUGAUAGACCAUAAAGGCUUGAGUACCGCUGUGUACGGAGUGUAGGCUUAGAUUUAGUGUAAGGAGUGUGAAAGUCUCGAAAUUAACUUAAGAUUCGCAUCGUUUGCUAUCUCGUUGUGCGAUAGCGACUCAAACCCCGGCAAGCGCGAACCGUAUAAGGGCUUUUCUAACUGUAUUACGUACUACAUAAUCUGUAACUAUAACUUGUGACGGUUUCUCAAUAAACAUUUUAAUCUAGGACAUAUUGUAUUUUAAAUCGAUGUUUGUAAUAAGUAAUUUGUAUUGUGUUAAAGUACUAUAACUGAUAACUAAUAUAAAUCAGUAUAAUUUGUGUUUUGAUAUUCGAUAUAACGAUCACUACGUCGCUAAGAACUGUAAUUAUUUAUUAUGCCAUCAUUAUUUUGAAAUAUUAUAAUUUAUUUGUCAAGAGAUUAAAAUACUUUUUAA